AUGACCGAUAUACUUAUAAUGUAUAGGAUAGAAUUGGGCCAAGAUCUUAUGUUUAAGUUUAUCGAGGAAUUAUUUGAAAAAAUCUAGUGAGAAGGUAGUUAUAAAGAUGUUGAAAUCAGUAAUAGAUUAGAAACAAUUAUUUCUUUCAUUAAUUUAGAGAUGGUUAUUUAAGGGAAGGACUUAUUCAAGAAAUUAAGAUUAUGUAAAAAUUAAAGAGUUCAUAUAUUGCUACUUUUUUGGAUGUCAUGAAAAUGAACAAUAAUUAUUAUAUUAUUUAAGAAUACUGUGAUGGAGGUAAUUUUGAUGAGUAGAUAUAUAUUAAAUACAUUUCAGACUUUUGA